AUACCACGUCGCCUGCUUCCUAUACAAGGCACUAAGACUCCCCACUCUACGUGUUGCAUUAUUUAAGUACACCGCAGGAGCGGGCACGAUCAAUGGUGGCCAAAUCAACGAAGACACUCAAAGGUCAACCGACGCGCAAGCACAAGAAGCGUCGUCUCUCUCACAAGGAUCACUUCGCCCGUCUCAUGAAAGAAGUAGUGGAAAUUGCCCCCGACGAAGUUGCUUCCACCUCGUCCUCGUCUGCCGCAUCUACUUCAACCACUCAAACUGCUCUCGCCCCCAACUACUCUAAUAUCCUCCUCAUUGAGAAAUUCCAGGAUGCUCUCGACACUCGGACAGCUGUAUGCCGCCGCCUCGAAAUCCUCGUGAGGAGCUCAACUUUGUAUACGCCAUCAGCACAAGCUCGUUUGAUCAAGUGCUUACGGGAUGACUACGUCCGGGGGGACAGAACGAGGAAGGUCAUUGACAAUCUGCGACAUUCUGAUUUCAUCAGUGAUACAAGCAUGGUCAGUCAGGAUGCAGAGUUUAUUACGAAAGAGGUUACGGAGAGUACGAGACUGUUUUUCGAGGGAAGUAAGGAAUUGCAGGAGAUAGGAGAUCAAAUCGCAGCACAGUUCUCAUAGUGUCACGCGUUCUGUAUGUCUCGUGCUCAGUUGAUGUCACUUUCUUGCACCGAAGUAUUAUAGCAUAUAUUCU